CCCGGAAAAGAGACCGACACCAGCACGGGGAAAGAAAUCCACAUGCCUCCCAAUACAGAUGCUGCUGCUGCUGCUGCUGCCGAACACCUCCUCCCCGCCUCUUCAGGCUCGAAGACACCCCAACAGACGAACAAUAACACACAAUACAACGCGCCCGUCCAAGUGAACCACCGGACCACAAACACAAUAACAAAUAACAAUUAUUACGAGACGACUGCACAUGUGAAAGGGAACCGUUUAGGCACGCCGGGAAGACUGUUGGCCAACCUCGCUGGCUUUGCUCGGGAGGCUUGGGCUUCUCCUGCCCGCUACUACGACAUCGUUCGUAAUAUUCCACGGCUGUUCUCCAUCUCCCUCGCCAUCUUCUGUGUUUUUUCCGGGUUCUGGGCCUAUCAGACCAUUGCCCAAGGGCUCGGAAGAUGGAUGUGGCCGUCUCCCAUCUCGUACUCGUAUACUUCGCCCUCCUCACCCUCGCCCUCCCCCACGAUCAUCACCGUGCCGUUUGCCGUGUCGGUCAGUGGCCCUCUUCCGACAGAAAAGGGCCUCAUCUUCCCCUACGCACGUGGUGUGCGCCAGCUUCUCGCAGAUGUGCAGCGCUCGUCUCUCGCAGACACUACCGACAUUGUCGUCCUCUAUGAUCAGUACGCCAUGCUCGGCGCCCAGAUCGACACGGCCUGGGCCGAGGCUCUUUCGGCACUUCUCACACGGAUGCGCUCCGAGCUACGC